AUGUCCUUCACUUUCGCCUCGCCAACGCAGGUGUUCUUCAGCGGUGCCCACGUCCGCCAGGUGGAUGUGCCCACGCAGACGGGAGCCUUUGGCAUCCUGGCGAACCAUGUGCCCACGCUGCAGGUCCUGCGGCCGGGGCUUGUUGUCGUCCACGCGGAGGAUGGCACCACCACCAAGUACUUUGUGAGCAGUGGGUCUGUCACGGUGAACGCUGACUCUUCCGUGCAGUUACUGGCUGAGGAGGCUGUGACACUGGACAUGCUGGACUUAGGGGCAGCCAAGGCAAACUUGGAGAAGGCGCAGGCGGAGCUGUCAGGGGCAGCAGACGAGGCCCAGCGGGCAGAGAUCCAGAUCCGCAUCGAGGCCGGCGAGGCCCUGGUCAAGGCCCUGGAGUAGUGACGCCGAGACCCUGCCUUCGUGACCACCACCGCAGGACAAGCGUCCCCACCCAUGCCCCCAUUAAAGACCAAG